AAGGCUGGGGAGCUGUCUUCAGCACUGCAACCACAUCCCGUUACACUGGGGGAUAGCCUAGCCCCACGAGGAAUAACCUGAGGAAUAGCCCUAUUUUUACACCAUGCUAUCAAGUGGAUGGACAACAGUUGAUGAACUGAGAAGGAUUGAGAAAGUUUGAUCUAGACUGGGACUGCAUCUUGGAUCUUGGCUCUUUCAGAAAUGCCGAGGCGAACGAGGAACUGUGCUUUGUGGGUUGUGUCUGCCAUCCUUCUGACAGGAUACUUUGAAACAGAUGCGUCCCAUGGUGUGGCUAUGGAUAGUGGCUUGGUAGACCCCUCUGGGAUUUCAAACCAGCUGGUGUCAGAUAAAGGUCUGGAGGCUUUGGCCCGCAAGACAUACGAAGGAAAGGGUGCUAUUUCUAGAAAAAAGCGGAAUAUUCUUUUUCCCAGUGGAGUGAAGCUUUGUUCUCAAGAGACUGUAGACCAAGCGAUAGAAAACCACCUCAAGUACUUUCACCAGCGAGUGUGUCAGGAGACAGUGUGGGAGGCGUUCAAGAUCUUCUGGGACCGUCUACCUGAGAGAGAUGAGUACCAGGCCUGGGUUAACUUAUGUCAGGAUGGAACUGUCAGCGUGAUGGAAAUUGGCAGGAACUUCAGCCGAUCAGAGGAACACGUCUCUCUUGUUAGGGCUAGAGUGGCGAUGACUGCUGCUCUGAAUAGCGAGCCCACAAGCUCAGGGUCCAAAGUGUGCAGUCCAACAGCAGCAACUCCACCAGAGGAAGGAUCGGCCACCACCCAAAAAGAUGAUGAAGUCAUUGUCGUACAGCCAGACACCUUCCCAACCUUGCGAGGAGACGUUGACGUCAUUCCUGUCACUACUGCAGAGCCAGCUGAGGAGGUCACAGAGAUGGUCCCGCCAGGGACUACUGACGAUGUGACUGAAGAUGCUGCCAUCGACGUCACCUCAGAGACUGACGAGACGAUACAUGAGAUCGGAGAGGACGCCACUACCGAAGCUGCCUUCGACGUCAUCUCCGAAACAGCAGUUGAAGUCAUCGCUGAGACCAGUGAUGAUGAGGCUGUCCAGGAGGUUGAUAUGGCUGCUGUUGAGGAAACAUCCGAUGCUACCUCAGAUGACACUGUGGAGAUCACAUCUGAACCUAUUGUCACCGUCAUCCACGAGCUCAUUGAUGAGGUCAUUGAGAAAAUGGAUGAGGAAGUAAUCUCAGAUACACCACACAAUACUGUGGAGGAGGCAGAAGAGGCCGCAGCAGAGGUCCCACCAGAGGCUGCCAUUGAGAUCCCUAUAGAGGUCCCAUCAGAGGCUGCCAUUGAGAUCCCUGCAGAGGUCCCUUCAGAAGCUGUUAUCGAGAUCCCUGUUGAGGUCCCAUCAGAGGCUGCCAUCGAGAUCCCUGUUAAGGCCACAGACAAGGAUAUCCCAGAACCUGAAAUUAAAUUUAUUCCAGAAACUUAUUUGGAGGACAUUUCUGAAACCACUUCUGAAGCGCCUUCAGAGGCUGCCACAGAUAUCAUGUCAGAUACCAUAGACAAGGAGAUCACGGAGGCUGCUACAGAGGUCACUUCAGGCACCAUAGAUGAGGAGAUUGCAGUGGCUGCCGUAGAAGAAGACGUCACUUUGGAGACCACUUCAGACAUUGCUACCGAGGCAACAUCAGAAGAUACUACAGAUGAGGAUAUUCGGACAAUAGAAUUAACUCCAGAAAUGUAUCCAGAGGACACUUCAGAGCCUGAAGCUGCCAUGGAGAUCCCUUCAGAGGAUUCAGAUGGAGACGUUCAGGAGCUCCCUGUCAAGGUCACCUCAGAGACUACAGUGGAUGUUGCCCCAGAAGACACUGAAGAGGAGACCCCUGAGAUUUUAGAGGACGCUAUCUCAGAUGCCACAACGCAUUUGAUACUCGAGGCUACCGAGGAGAUCACUCCAGAGACUGUACUAGAGGAUACUUUGGCCACUACUACUAAUGAAGUGGUAAUAGAGGUUGGUCCAGAGGAAGAAGUCACUCCAGAAACUUCAGUAAAGGCCAUUCCAGAGGAUGUAACAGAGAUCACUGAAGAAGCAACAUUAAAGGCUGAAGUCACUCCUGAGGCUGAAGUAGAGAUGGAGGAAGUUACGGUGGAGGUCACCUCAGAAGCCACUUUGGAUGUCACUCCUGAGGUUGAAGUAGAGGUAACUCCAGAAUAUGUAGUGGAGGAACCUCCAGAGGCUGAGGAGAUUACAGAGGAAACUGCAGUAGAGGACAAUCCUGAGGUGGAGGUAGAGGUAACUCCAGAGUCUCCUGAAGAGGUUCCUGAGGAAGCAGAAGAGGUCCCUUUGGAGACUGCAGUGGAAGACACUCCAGAGGCUGUAGAAGAAAUCACCCCAGGGAAUGUAGAGAUAACUCCUGAAGCUGCUGUAGAAGACACAACAGAAACUGUAGAAGAAAUAGUUUCAGAGAAUCCAGAAAAGAUAACACCAGAACCUUUAGAGGAGGAUAUUCCAGAACCUUCAGAGGAUGAAAUUCCAGAACCUUCAGAGGAGGAAACUCCAGAGGUUUCAGAAGGGGUCCCGUCUGAGGAAGUAGAAGAGAUAAUUUCAGAAGCUACAGAAGAGGCCUCCGAAGAAAUCAUUCCAGAAGCUACAGAAGAGGCUUCCGAAGAGAUAAUUCCAGAAGCUACAGAAGAGGCUUCCGAAGAAAUCAUUCCAGAAGCUACAGAAGAGGCUUCCAAAGAAAUCAUUCCAGAAGCUACAGAAGAGGCUUCCGAAGAGAUAAUUCCAGAAGCUACAGAAGAGGCUUCCAAAGAGAUCAUUCCAGAAGCUACAGAAGAGGCUUCCGAAGAGCUCAUUCUAGAGCCUUCAGAAGCUGCAGCGGAGAUUACUACAGAGGCUGCAGCUGAGUCCACUCCAGAGGCUAAACAGGAGGCUGCUGUGGCAAUUACUCAUGAAGUCACCACUGAAAUGGGAGUUUUGAUGGACACAGAGGAAAACAAUAAUGGCUAUCGUUAUAGGGUCACAGAAGAACCAGAAGAAACAAAUGAUGACUUCCUAGGGAUUCAAGAUAUCAUACAAGAGGUGGAAAACGCGCUGGGCAAUGAGAUCGAGGACAUCAUGAUGAGGCCUUCCAGACCCAUGAAGGAGCAGGUGGUGGAACUCAGCAUCCAGCUGAAGGGAGAGAACUACAACGACGCCCUGAGAGACCCUUCUAGCUUCUACUACCAACGCGUGGCCAAACAUUUUACCCAUAAGAUUGAAGAUGCACUUGAAAGGUUACCAGGAUUCAAGAAGGUCUUUGUAGUUGAAUUCAGGCCUCAGAAGGACCUCCAAAGGGGUAUGUUGGCCGUGGUAGUCCACUACGCUGUGACUCUGGAGGUGGACGGGGCAGGUAUCAGUAACGAGACCAUGAACUACAUCAACCUCCAGUCCAAUAUGGUGGAGAAGUCUUACCGUGACGGUGUUGAACGCCCCACCGUGGUUUACACCAUCACAGACUUCAGAAACUACAUCACUGAAGCCCUGCACAAGGAGAACUUCAUGAGCAACACCACUCUGGACGUAUACCCUGACUCACGGCAGCUAGAGCCCGUUGAUAACUUGUUUCUGGGAGGGAGACCCACCACCAAACCGGAAGAGUCCAAUGACAUGAUGGACAAUGUUUUGGCUGCAGAGAAACCACCAGACGCUCCUGGCCAAGACUUGGAUGUCAGCGACAUCUUCCUGAAGAAGGAUGAUUUUCUGUUUCCUGUGGACUCGUUGAAGGGCUCCGGGAGCAUGGUGGCCAGUGAAAAUGAUGUGUUCAUUCUGGAUGAAACCACCUUGCCACCCAGCACUCUCCCUGUAGAGAAUAAUGGAAAUAUUGAAGAAGAGGGAUUUCUUCUCAGCAACACUCAGCAAAGCUCUGAUACUUCCAAUGGGGAUGGUGUGGGUGGUGCUGGAGGCUCCUUUAUCUCCUCCCCUUCACAACCGCAGACCACAGAGGCCCCGGUCCCGGCACCUCCCAGAGUAGAUCCAGAUUUGGAUGCUGGCUCUGGCUCUGGCUUCUCGGGGGAUGACCAAGGGGCUGACGUCUUCCCAUGGUUGCCUGUGACAACUGAGGAGACGGACUACGUGGAGGAGGAAGGGGAGGAGGAGGGGGAUUCUGUGGUGGGGGAGGUGCAUUUACCAGAUCCAGAAGUGGAACCGAAGGAGGAAGAGAAGAAGGAGGAGGAGAAGAAGGAGGAGGAGAAGGGGGAGGAGAUCACCGAAUCUGUCCUGACUGAAUCUCCAGAGGAUAUGAGUCCUUUUGAGUCCCAUCCAGAAUCUGCCCCAGCUGAGGAAGAGCCACAAGGGCCUUUCUUGGACAGACUGCCUGUGACCCAGGACAUUAGUACUCGACCUGACUACACGACCACCGCUGAAGCCCCUGUGUUCUGGACCGCAGAGACCCUGACCGUGGAGCUCUCCAUACAGACACUGGAGGCAUCUGGGAUGUAUGACGAUUAUUACCCAAGUGAACCGUUCACCAUCAUAGCACCAGUCACUGAUGAUCCCUAUCGUCAGUAUUACACCACUGACACCCCGCGUGUUGGAAGGGCCAGCAGCUGAGACCCAUGGUUCUGUU